CAACAACGCAGACACAUCUAUCUAUCUCUCUCUCUCCAUUUCCCAAUCCUCUCUAAAUUUUCUAUUAUUCUAGCAACACCAGUUACACCACACAUCUCUCUAUCUCUCACUCUCUCUCUGAGUAUGUUUGUUCCUUGAAGAGGAGAAGAAGUAACUCCUUUUCUUCUUCUUCUUCUUUUCAUUUUCUCUCCUUAAUUUUUAGCUUUAGUAACAUAGAAAGUGAUAAAAUUUGCCCUUAUUUUUCCAAGAAGAAAAAAACCCACUUCAAAAGAUCCAAGCUUUUUUGUGUUCUUGCUUUUGGGUUCUCUUUAUUUGAUCUUAAAGAGGACAAAAAUUGAUCAUUUUCGUCACUAGUCGCAGAACAAGAGGGAAAGGAAGAACAAUUAUGUCUUCUUCUUCGAAUCCGAUUAUUCCUGACCUUUCACUCCACAUGAGCCUCCCCAAUAGUGCUCCUUCCUCUAUUUGCACCACCACAAACGAACCCGAUUCGUCCCUUGGCCUCAAAUCGCUCAGCGACAGCGCCGCCGCCGACACCGAACUCUGCCUCGCCAACAACAACAACAACUCUGCUUUGGAAGCGGAGAGUCCCUGGAGAAGAAGCCGAAGAGAGGAUUAUCAUCAGAAUCAGAGAAAUCUUUUUCAAUGCAAUCAAGGGAUUUCAGUCCUUGACUUGUCAGGACUAAAACCCAUAAAGGGAAUUCCAGUCUACAAUAACAACGACAACCAACACAUAGAGAUGGAUCCAAGAUUUCGAUUCUACCAAGCACCACCAUAUUCUGCUUCAUCCGGAGGAGGAGGAGGAGGGGGAAGGUUUAAUGGGAUAACAUUGGAGGCACUGAGACAACAACAGCUUCAAUACUACAACAACAACGGCAACCAAUAUGGGAGUAGCGGUACGGAUCAAUAUUCUUCAUCAUAUAAUUCAAUAAUGAUGAGAUCAAGACUACUGAUGCCCAAUAAGUUGCAAAACAAGAGGAACGUGAGGGCACCAAGAAUGCGUUGGACUAGUUCUCUUCAUUCUCGCUUUGUCCACGCCGUUGAGCUUCUCGGUGGCCAUGAAAGGGCUACUCCAAAGUCAGUUCUGGAGCUGAUGGAUGUCAAAGAUCUAACACUUGCACAUGUCAAAAGCCAUUUACAGAUGUAUAGAACUGUUAAGAGCACUGACAAGCCUGCAGCUUCCUCUGAUGGAUCUGGUGAGGAAGAUGUCUUACAUGUACCAUCUUCUUCUGUGAAUCAAAAUACAAAUAUUUUACUCAACCGGAAUGCCACAUUGGAACAUGAAAAUGGCUAUCCUUCACCUAAUAAUCUAUGGAGUAAUUCCUCUAGCAGAGGAGCUUGGACGACUCAAACCAAUUCCAGGGAUGAGGAUGUUUUUAGACCGGAUACCGGCCUUUCCUCUCAACAAACAUUCGCUAAUUUAUUUGAGGGAAGCAAUUUCAGUCGUUCGAAAAGCUUUGUGGGAUCAAAUACACAACUCAAUAGUAAUCCAAGCUUGGAGUUCACGUUAGGGAGACCAGAUUGGCACACCAAACAACGUGAUUGAUUUUAAGACAAAUAGUAUUAAUUCCCUAAUUCUCGCUCGCUCUCUCUCUCUCUCUCUCUCUCUCUUAAUUUUUUUUUUAUUCUUCUUUAGAAAAUCAUAGGUAUAUUAUAUAUAGAGAGAAAGUCGUACCAUAUUAUCUCUCUUUGUGUAGGGUUCCUUGCAUGCCUGUAUAUUUUUUUUGGAGUUAAAGCUGCUUGUCAUCAGGUGAUGUUAGUCAACACAUGAAUGUCAUGAAAAGCAGAAAAGCAGAUCAAGAGGAGAAAAAAAGGAACUAAAUCAUGCAUAUAUGUAUGAGUUCAUUGGUUGCAUUAUUUGGUUUUA